AGAAAAAAAACGCAUUUCUUAUACGCCUUUGCUCCCUACGCCUGUACUGUAAGCUCAUGUAUAGAGGCGAAUAUUAUUCAAAACACAUGCAAAAGUCCCUUCCUCUCACUCUCGCGCCGCUCUCUCUCGCUCUCUCCCCUCCUCUCUUGUUUGCUGUUUUUACACACGCACGUUCUGCGACCCCCACCUCAGCAGCUCUUGAGAGAGCCUCGCUUCCACACAGUCUGCCAACGCUCGUUCAAGGAUGGAUAAAACGCAGAUUUGGAGCUACACGAAAAGGACACCUUCCGCAGCAAUACAACCAGCAUUUCUUUUACAAUAGCCCGACAUGCAACAUCGGGAUUUUCUAUAGUUUUUACAAGCAUUUCUGAACGUUUUAAAAACAGCGGCGAGAACAUUUUCAACGGAAUCGCGAAUCCUGCAACAUAAAUCCGCCGGAGGAAGUCCCUCAUAGCUUUUCGAGUGAUUUCGACGCAUGCAAACCGAUAUUAAAAGUUUACCCUGAUCUAUAUCCACGGGAUACUGAACGGACUGCCUUCAGCGCCUCACCACCACCCCGCGGUCUGCGUGGCCCUAGAUGGAGCGAACAGCGUUUGGAAAGACAGCUGUUUAUUUGUAAGGAUAAGACUACAGGAUUCUCUCUGUUACAGAACAAAAAAAAAGGCACUGAUACUCUUCAUGGGCGAUGUUGGAUCUGACAUCCACGGCUGGAAUUUAGAUUUCUCAAUUAUUUGGCUCUCGUUGGCGAACAACUCCCAACCUGGCUUCAACUUCUCCCGCAACAGAGGAUUUGGCGGUUUUUACGCUUUUCCCAAAUGGCGUAGCGCCGACGCCUCCCGCGUACAUAGUGCUUUCAAGUUUGGAGUGGAAAUGACAAAGGCUUUCAAGUCGAGGUUAUUCAUUGAGUAGGCUAUGUCAAAAGGCUGGCACUGUAGCCCAUCGGCACUCAAAGUGGGUGGACUACGUCUCAUGUUCAGCAACUCGGGGAUUCCCUGAUAGGAGCAGCCGUCAACAUGAUGAGGCCACACCACUGAAGAGCGCUCUCCCAAAUGAAGAGACAUCCGGGAUAGGACAUUAAUGGAAUACUGACACUGACUCUUGACACUUUUUUUCAACGCAGGUCCAGUAUGACUGCAGCAGCAGGAGUGCUAACAGGCUUGGCUAAGCUAAAACGCCAAGACUCCAGCCGAUCUCAGCACCGCUCCCUACAGGCCCUGAACUCUUGCCCAGGAAACCCCACGCCAGAACCGGCCCCCAGGAAGAGGAAGCGGCGGUCGGACAUUGUGGUCGUGCGUGGGAGGCUCCGCCUUUACUCCGCCUCUGGGUUCUUUCUGCUACUGGGAUUGGUCAUCCUGGCCAUGGGCAUCGGCAUGGCGACGCUGGGCUACUGGCCGCACGGCGCUAACACGCAGGCGUUCAAAAGCAAGCCAGCCGAGGCCGGGGGUGGGACUAGCAAAUCGUCGCCUGGAGACCAACAACAAAGAGAGGCAGGAGACAAGAUGGCCGCCGCGGGAGCAGUGAGCGGGGGCAAGAUGGCGGUGGUGUUAGACGGUCAGACGUCCGGGCCGGCAGGGGGGCUCCUGACGCGCUUCCUGGACCAGCACCGCCACUCGGAGAGGAUGAAGAUGUUCGGGCCCUUCACCAUGGGGAUCGGCAUCUUCAUCUUCAUCUGCGCCAACGCCAUCCUGCACGAGAACCGGGACCGGGAGACCAAAGUGAUCCACAUGAGGGACAUGUACUCCACCGUCAUCGACAUCCACCGGCUCCGGCAGCGCGAGAUCAAGCACCAGCGCCACAACGGCUCCUUCUCCGCGGAGCACGGGGGCCCCGAGCUCCGCUCACAGGGGCCCGACGCCUCGGGGGCCGCCCGCCUGGCCAGCCACGCCCUGCUGGCCUUCUCCUCCCGCGCCGGCAUGGGCUCCCUGGGAGGGGUGGGGGGAGGAGGAGGAGGAGGAGCGGGGUCCGCGGAGGAAGAGGAGGUGCUGCUGGGCGGAGGGGAGGAGCACGCCAGGGUGGACUUUGGGCUCGGCGGGCUCCUGGCGCCGUUCUACAAGGACCGGCCCGCGGGCCGGGCCGACCCGUCCCGCCGGCAGCGGUCGGUGGACCGGGAGGCGGCGGAGGGCGGGGGGGGGCACCGCGCGCGCUCCAUCGUCUCCUCCUCGCUCUCCGCCUUCACGCUGCCCGUCAUCAAGCUCAACAACUGCGUCAUCGACCAGCCGGACAUGGAGGCCAUCACGGAGGAGGAGCGAGGAGCGGGGGGAGCGGGGGGAGAGAAGCAGAGCGAGUGCCUGCGACCCCUGGCCUCCAUGGAGUCCCUGGUGGUUCCCGAGGCGACGCUGGCCAAGGCCUCCAAGCUGCCGGGGCUCCACCGUAGCAACUCGGCGUCCAUGACCUCCCAGGGCUCCUUCUCCUCGUCCUCCUCGCUCUCCCCGGCGCCCUCGUCGACCUCGGGCUGCUGGCUCUCCCCCGGCGCGGCCCGGAGCGACUUCGGCUCCAACAACUCUCUGCACAUGCUCAGUAGCCACUCCAAGUCCCUGGACCUGGAGCGUGGGCAGAGCAUGCUCAGCGUGCGUCCCGAGCAGCGGAAGCACCCCAGCUGGCCCCGCCUGGACCGUAGCAACAGCGGCCGCGGCGCCGGCGCCGGCGCUAGCGUUAGCCGCAGCGGCAGCACCAAGGGCUACGCGCGGCUGGAGGACCGCGAGGAGCCGACCGGUUCGGACCGGCUGCUGGACGCCGACGCCAACGCCAACGCCAACGCCGCCGCCGCCGCCAGGCGGGACUACAGCAAGCGCGAGAAGCUGCUCAUGAUUUCCCGAUCGCACAACAAUCUGAGCUUCGAGCGCGACGACGCUAACAGCAGCGCGCUGAAGCGUGGGAGCUCGGAGACCCGCUUCUGAGAGACUAAACAAGCUCUGCUAAGCUGAGAGAAGAAUGAGCAGCGUUAUAGUUUGUUAGGUCGAAGCGCUCUGAGGACAUGUUGUUCAGUUGGAGGCAACAGGCAGCAAGUGGAGAGAGUUCGCUGUUCAGGGACAUUGGCAUCAAUUCCUCCUGCUUUUACUAUACGUGUCCAUUGGAAGGACGUUGACUCUCUGUGCGUGCACAGGAUGCUACAAGGUCAGGCUACAUCCAAGUAUCAAAGCGAGCAAGCAAUGCAAUGCGGGUAUCAGUCAGUGUUAAGCUUUUCCUGAAUGUACCACUCGUGUAGGAAGAAGGUACCAAUGAUAGAAUACGAUGGGGUUAUUUUGUUACUACAGAUAGAUGUUCCCAAUAAGGUAUUUUGAAGUUGAUCUUCGCAAAUAAUUACAACAAGAAUCCUAGCUGCUGUUUCGCCUCUCCACAUCCAAGACAUUGGACGUAAUGCUGUUUGUGGCUCGAUGCUGAAGAGAGCAUGGUCUCUCAACAUACUGACUAUGAUGCCAUGGUGUUGAAGAUUUGUGUUUUCAUGUUUUAUAUUUUAAUUUGAAAUAGAUAGCUGAAAGAGUGAGUGAGAGCUUUGAUGUACGAUGGCAUUUUGUAGUUUCACUAAAUAAGGACCCACAUUUAUUUCCCCUCUUGGAGUGUGAACUCCUUUGCCAGAUUUUACAGUCAAUUUGCGAUGUUGUAAAAAAUUCAACAUUUUCCUGGAGUAUAAAUAUUGUAUCCCUGCCAGAAAUGUCUUUCAUCAUAGAAAGCAGUUUGGAAAACGAGUUAAACAGCAUGUGACGAAAGGCAGUGAAAAAGGUAUUGAUUUAUUAAAACAGAAAAACAUCACUCCUUCCAGUCGGUUGAACCAGUUCAAGCUGGUCUCUAGGGCUGCUUAGGGGGUUGUAGCAGAGUAGUGCUAGCCAGCAUUAGCUCUCCUUCAUUUGAUGUACAUUGUGGGGUGAUAUUUGGAACUGUAAACUGAGUUGAUGAGUCAUUCUAGUGCUGUACAUUAUAACACAGCAGAAACAAAAUGGAGGAACAGUCGCUCAAUGGCACACAGUUCUAAAAAAUUGAUGGUUAAUUCCCAGUGACAGACGAUCUGCCCUGUACAGGCGAUGAACGAAAAAUACCCUAUAUAUACUCGGUCGGUAAGCAUUUUAAACUGGUAGGCUUUAUGAAAAAGACUAAUUGUUAUUGGUUAGCCGUAUAGCCCAUGUGAAAAUAAAUGGGAGCCAACAGAAAAUGUGUAAGUUAUGGUCUGUGUUAUGAAAGAAAUGUUGCAAUCCCUCAAAAAUACACAUUGUCGGUUUGGCAACGUUAACUGACAACUCAACUAAUUAGAAUAUAUCGACAUCAAAUUAAGUGUGUAAUUUAGAUUACCUUUAUUCGAAGCCAUCAAACAGUUUAUUAGUAGGCCUACCCAGCAGGUUGACUAACACUAUAGUUACCAGGGACCUCUGUUGAAAACACAUCUGUACAACUGUACAUCUUUAAACGAUUUCUCGAGAGAUAUGUUAUGUCCAGAGCAGCACUUACUUUGUUUUAAAAAGUAGCACAAUCUGUAUUAUGUUCAGAAUGAUGCUUCAGAGGCGUUCAAUCUGACAUUUUGACGUGAUGUUCUGUAGAGCUUCAUUCUUUGUUUCAUAAAGAGAUGAGCUAUUUAUAUGUCUGAGUCAGUCAACAAAUGUCAACAUCUCCUCCUCCCUUAGAAUAAAUGGAAUAAUUUUCACA